AUGGAGAGGGGCCGCCACCGCCGCGGUCAGGAGCAUGGAGAGGGGCUGCCACCGCCGCGGUCAGGAGCAUGGAGAGGGGCCGCCACCGCCGCGGUCAGGAGCAUGGAGAGGGGCCGCCACCGCCGCGGUCAGGAGCAUGGAGAGGGGCUGCCACCGCCGCGGUCAGGAGCAUGGAGAGGGGCCGCCACCGCCGCGGUCAGGAGCAUGGAGAGGGGCCGCCACCGCCGCGGUCAGGAGCAUGGAGAAGGGCCGCCACCGCCGCGGUCAGGAGCAUGGAGAGGGGCCGCCACUGUCAGCAGCUGGAGCAUGGAGAGGGGCCGCCGCCGUCAGCAGCUGGAGCAUGGAGAGGGGCCGCCGCCGUCGGUAGCUGGAGCAUGGAGAGGGGCUGCCACCGUCGGUAGCUGGAGCAUGGAGAGGGGCCGCCACCGCCAGCAGCUGGAGCAUGGAGAGGGGCCGCCACCGCCAGCAGCUGGAGCAUGGAGAAGUGCCGCCACCGCCGGGAGCAUGGAGAGGUGCCGCCACCACCGGGAGCAUGGAGAGGUGCCGCCACCGCCGGGAGCAUGGAGAGGGGCCGCCAUUGUCAGCAGCUGGAGCAUGGAGAGGGGCCGCCACUGUCAGCAGCUGGAGCAUGGAGAGGGGCCGCCGCCGUCAGCAGCUGGAGCAUGGAGAGGGGCCGCCGCCGUCAGCAGCUGGAGCAUGGAGAGGGGCCGCCGCCGUCAGCAGCUGGAGCAUGGAGAGGGGCCGCCACUGUCAGCAGCUGGAGCAUGGAGAGGGGCCGCCACCGUCAGCAGCUGGAGCAUGGAGAGGGGCCGCCACUGUCAGCAGCUGGAGCAUGGAGAGGGGCCGCCGCCGUCAGCAGCUGGAGCAUGGAGAGGGGCCGCCACUGUCAGCAGCUGGAGCAUGGAGAGGGGCCGCCGCCGUCAGCAGCUGGAGCAUGGAGAGGGGCCGCCACCGCCGCGGUCAGGAGCAUGGAGAGGGGCCGCCACCGCCAGCAGCUGGAGCAUGGAGAGGGGCCGCCACCGCCAGCAGCUGGAGCAUGGAGAGGGGCCGCCACCGCCAGCAGCUGGAGCAUGGAGAGGUGCCGCCACCGCCGGGAGCAUGGAGAGGUGCCGCCACCGCCGGGAGCAUGGAGAGGGGCCGCCACUGUCAGCAGCUGGAGCAUGGAGAGGGGCCGCCACUGUCAGCAGCUGGAGCAUGGAGAGGUGCCACCACCGUCAGCAGCUGGAGCAUGGAGAGGGGCCGCCGCCGUCGGUAGCUGGAGCAUGGAGAGGGGCUGCCACCGUCGGUAGCUGGAGCAUGGAGAGGGGCCGCCACCGCCGCGGUCGGGAGCAUGGAGAGGGGCCGCCACCGUCGGUAGCUGGAGCAUGGAGAGGGGCCGAAACGGCGUCAGCAUCUGGAGCAUGGAGAGGUGCCGCCACCGCCGGGAGCAUGGAGAGGUGCCGCCACCGUCAGCAGCGGGAGCAUGGAGAGGGGCCGCCGUCAGCAGCUGGAGCAUGGAGAGGUGCCGCCACCGCCGCGGUCCGGAGCGGGCAGCGCCGACCGCCCGCCGCCGCCGGGAGCAUGGAGAGGGGCCGCCGCCGCCGGGAGCAUGGAGAGGGGCCGCCGCCGCCGGGAGCAUGGAGAGGGGCCGCCGCCGCCGGGAGCAUGGAGAGGGGCCGCCGCCGCCGGGAGCAUGGAGAGGGGCCGCCGCCGCCGGGAGCAUGGAGAGGGGCCGCCGCCACCGGGAGCAUGGAGAGGGGCCACCACCGUCAGCAGCGGGAGCAUGGAGAGGGGCCGCCGCCGUCAGCAGCUGGAGCAUGGAGAGGUGCCGCCACCGCCGCGGUCCGGAGCGGGCAGCACCGACCGCCCGCCGCCGCCGGGAGCAUGGAGAGGGGCCGCCGCCGCCGGGAGCAUGGAGAGGGGCCGCCGCCGCCGGGAGCAUGGAGAGGGGCCGCCGCCGCCGGGAGCAUGGAGAGGGGCCGCCGCCGCCGGGAGCAUGGAGAGGGGCCGCCGCCGCCGGGAGCAUGGAGAGGGGCCGCCGCCGCCGGGAGCAUGGAGAGGGGCCGCCGCCGCCGGGAGCAUGGAGAGGGGCCGCCGCCACCGGGAGCAUGGAGAGGGGCCGCCGCCGCCGGGAGCAUGGAGAGGGGCCGCCGCCGCCGGGAGCAUGGAGAGGGGCCGCCGCCACCGGGAGCAUGGAGAGGGGCCGCCGCCGCCGGGAGCAUGGAGAGGGGCCGCCGCCGCCGGGAGCAUGGAGAGGGGCCGCCGCCACCGGGAGCAUGGAGAGGGGCCGCCGCCGCCGGGAGCAUGGAGAGGGGCCGCCGCCACCGGGAGCAUGGAGAGGGGCCGCCACCGCCGGGAGCAUGGAGAGGGGCCGCCGCCGCCGGGAGCAUGGAGAGGGGCCGCCGCCACCGGGAGCAUGGAGAGGGGCCGCCGCCGCCGGGAGCAUGGAGAGGGGCCGCCGCCGCCGGGAGCAUGGAGAGGGGCCGCCGCCACCGGGAGCAUGGAGAGGGGCCGCCGCCGCCGGGAGCAUGGAGAGGGGCCGCCGCCGCCGGGAGCAUGGAGAGGGGCCGCCGCCACCGGGAGCAUGGAGAGGGGCCGCCGCCGCCGGGAGCAUGGAGAGGGGCCGCUGCCGCCGGGAGCAUGGAGAGGGGCCGCCGCCACCGGGAGCAUGGAGAGGGGCCGCCGCCGCCGGGAGCAUGGAGAGGGGCCGCUGCCGCCGGGAGCAUGGAGAGGGGCCGCCGCCACCGCCGCCGGGAGCAUGGAGAGGGGCCGCCGCCGCCGGGAGCAUGGAGAGGGGCCGCCGCCGCCGGGAGCAUGGAGAGGGGCCGCCGCCGCCGGGAGCAUGGAGAGGGGCCGCCGCCGCCGGGAGCAUGGAGAGGGGCCGCCGCCGCCGGGAGCAUGGAGAGGGGCCGCCACCGCCGCCGGGAGCAUGGAGAGGGGCCACCGCCGCCGCCGGGAGCAUGGAGAGGGGCCACCGCCGCCGCCGGGAGCAUGGAGAGGGGCCACCGCCGCCGCCGGGAGCAUGGAGAGGGGCCGCCGGGAGCAUGGAGAGGGGCCGCCGCGGUCGGGAGCGGCCAGCGCCGACCGCCCGCUACUCACCUAACACUAUUCCCCGGCAUAAAACCCGCUCGUAAAGUUGGAAUCACAGCAGGAAGAUGUGUUUAG